UGGGCAGAAAUGGAGGCCAGUGCUCGCACUGCUAUGUAUCCUCAGCACCGCUGCAAAAACAUAUACCUGGUGAGGCAUGCUCAAGGUAUUCAUAAUGUGGAAGGCGAAAAGGAUCAUAGUGCCUACAUGUCGCUUGCGCUGCUUGAUGCUCACAUUACCCCUUUGGGCUGGAGCCAAGUUGAUUGCCUGCGAGAACAUGUGACAAAAUGUGGACUAGACAAAAAGAUUGAGCUGGUCAUUGUUUCCCCUCUACUGAGGACUAUGCAAACUGCAGUGGGGGUCUUUGGUCAUGGGAGCAAUACUGAUGAAGCAAGUGCAUCACCAUUAUUAAUGGUAGAAGGUGCUGGACACAGUGGACAUAAGGCUAUUUCAAGUUUGAACUGCCCACCAUUUCUUGCAGUUGAGGCCUGCAGGGAGCGCUUGGGUGUUCAUCCCUGUGACCGGAGGAGCAGCAUAACAAAAUAUCGUGCUCUCUUUCCUGCCAUUGAUUUUUCCUUGAUAGAAAAUGAUGAAGAUGUUCUUUGGGAACCAGAAGUCAGAGAAACAAUUGAAUCUGUUGCUGCCAGGGGCAUGAAGUUUAUUGACUGGUAAUUUUUCUUUUUACGACUGAUUAGUUUCUUUUCUUUAGUUCCUUGAAAACAAAAUUCUAUUGAUCUUCAUAUGAAAAUAAAACCCAAGUACCUCAAUAGUACUCAUGUACACGUCCUAUAUCACUUUUGGUUAUUUUCCCGUGUCCUUUAAAACAAUUUGUUCCAAUGUUUCCGACGAAUAAGGCUAUUUGCCUUUACACAUGUAUGGACAUAUAUGUUACUUUGUGUGUGUCAACACAAAACCUCGUUACAUGUUUUAGAGAAAAUCUAGAACUAAUGGCAAAGGUUUGUGCACUGCCUU